UAGCCGGUGGGUAACCGCGAUGCAAGGUAAUUUUUUCCGUGUCGAUUGGAUGAGCAUUGCAUACUGGGCGCUUUCUGUAACAUCAGUGUACUUAUCUAUCAACUAUAGCCUCAAGGAUGGCUUUGAACUGGUAUUUCUAGGCCACGCCCCUAUAGUUGCUGUUCUUGUAUCCGUCGCUGCCUCAAAAUGAGAGUGGUACAAAUGGUGCUGUGAAUCAGGGUUUGUCUGAAUCCGUCGCAAUUUCCCCAUCAUUCAAUCGAUGAUGGGAAUCAUUCGGCUGAAUAGAUAGUCAUCGGGCGUUUACUACUUCUUCCCCUUUACUUUCUGUCACUUCCAUCUUCCUUCAACCUAAAUUCAGUCCCAUUAUCACAACACG